AACGAGUUAAGAGAGAAAGACAGAGAGAGAGAGAGAGGGGUAAUACUUGAAUCGUUCGUUUAAACUCUGGUGGUUUUGCUUCAUGUCUUCCAGUGUGCUUUCAACUAACGGAAAGUCAGAUCGUAUUCUCAAUCGUCCUUCUUCUCGUUACAUCGUUGCAAAUGUUUAACUUUAAAUGCAUUCUUAUAUUUCUAUCAUAAGAAUAAAACAAAAACAAAAAAAAAAACAGGAAUAUCGAUUCGUUUAAAAUUAAUUAAGAAAACAAAAGUUUAUAUUACUUUGCAAUUAAACUAUUUUCAAGAAAUUAAUCGAUCAUAUUUUAUGAUCAUUUUUUAAGUUUCAUUCACAACAUGAUGAUUCUUCCUUCGUCAAGAUGCAUUCCUUGUAAAUCUGUAACACUGUGUUGAUGUUUUCUGUUAUUUAAAAGAAACAUAGAUAAUCCUAAGGAACAACAGUUUAACAACCAUUAAUUUUGGAACCAUUAAAUUACAAUGGCUACACUUACGGUAGAACCUGAUCCAGAAAUUACCAAUACGACGACUAGAGAGAAAGAAUCAUUAUGUGUACUACUUAUACGAUUUGUGGCAAUAUAUUGGAAAUCUUUUAUAAUUGUACUAUGGCCGUUGAUCCUUCUACCAGUAGUACUUAUCGAAACUAAAGAGGUAUUGGCGAUGCGAUGUUUAUACGUGGUAGCAUUGAUGGCAAUGUUUUGGGUAACAGAAGCUCUACCAUUACCCAUCACAGGCCUCAUACCCGUACUAUUUUAUCCUCUAAUGGGUAUUAUGAGCACUAAUGAUACUUGCCUUUGUUAUAUGAACGAUACCACAAUGAUGUUUCUUGGUAGCCUGGUCAUCGCCGUUGUUAUUGAAAACUCUGGUUUACACAUGCGUAUUGCUCUUUUAAUCAUCAAAAUGAUUGGUUGCAGCCAUAGAAGACUGACUUUGGGUUUAUUUUUCGUGACGAUGUUCAUUUCUAUGUGGAUUUCUAAUACCGCAUCUACCGCGAUGAUGAUACCAAUUAUAGAGACUGUACUUAUAGAACUUGAAGGACAAGGACUUGGUGAUAUGUUCACUCAAGAAAAUGAAACGAAUAAUGAUGAAUCGGAGACUGUAUCUGCUACAAAAAGACCAACACAUAGUACCAUGGUGUAUUAUUUGGUAGCAGCGUAUGCUUCAAGUCUUGGUGGUAUUGGUACAAUAGUAGGAAGUGGGACUAAUUUAUCUUUAAAAGGAUACUUUGAAACACGUUUUCCAAAUAGUCCAAGUAUAAGUUUUGCUUCUUGGAUGCUUUAUUCGGUACCACCAAUGUUACUUAUGGGUGUUCUCACUUGGCUAUGGUUGCAAGUAAAGUAUAUGGGUUUAUUCAGGCCAAAAAGUGAAGAUGCUAGAGCAAUUGAUAUUGGCUCGCAAGGAGAACGCGUUGCUACGUCAGUAAUAGAAAAAAAAUACAAGGAACUUGGACCAAUUUCGUGGCAUGAGUCUAUAGUUGGAAUUAUGUUUAUAAUUGUAGUAUUACUUUGGUUCUUUAGAAGUCCUGGAUUCAUGAAAGGUUGGCCAUCAUACAUCACGAAUUUGCCAGUCAAGGAUUCAACAGCAGCUUCGUGUCUGACAAUAUUGUUCUUCAUACUUCCAGCAAAACUUGACUUUCUUCAUGCCUUCGAUAAUGAUCCAAAUAAACGUCCUACGAAACCAUCGCCUGGUAUGGUAACAUGGCAAAUGAUACAUAAUAAAAUGCACUGGAGUUUGAUACUGGUGCUUGGUGGAGGUUUUGCUAUAUCAGCUGGUAGUAAAUCAUCUAAACUAUCAGAAAUCCUUGGAAAUGCAUUAAUAGGAUUAAAUUCUAUACAUCCAAUAGCAAUAUUAGCUAUUGUUUGCGUAUUCGCAGAAACUGUUACUGAAUUAACUUCAAAUGUUGCUGUUGCAAAUAUUAUAUUACCAGUAUUAGCAGAAAUGUGUGUGGUGCUACAAAUACAUCCCUUAUAUCUUAUGCUUCCAGCAACUAUAUGUUGUUCAUUUUCAUUUCAUUUACCAGUGGGCACACCACCCAAUGCCAUUGCCAGUGCAGCAGGACAUAUAAAAACGAAAGAUUUUAUAAUUGCUGGUAUUGGUCCAACUAUUAUAACAUUAAUUAUAACUGUAGGAGCAUUUUGCACAUGGGGUACAUAUGUAUUUAAUUUAAAUGAAUUUCCAACAUGGGCCAUGCAGAAUAAGACAUUGUAGAUCUGCUUUUUUAUUUUAGUAUUAUUCGUAUUAAAGUAUUUUUAAGAAUAAAUUAAAUUAUAUAUAUAUACA